UCAAAGCCGCAAAUGGUGAGAAGAGGCUCAGACCUGGCUCGCGAAUGGCCCAUAGCGGUCAUUUAAUUGCACCCGCGCAGCAGUUACGGUUUGUCACUCGACCCUCCGGAAUCGCCUCAUGUGUCCCCAGUGAGACUCCAGGGUGCUGUCGGAGCCCGGCCUCUUGAUAGCUGGAAGCACAUCCUGCUGGGGGCAGCGCGGGCUCAGGGUACGCGUUCGCGCACAUGCGCGCGUGCACAUGAACACGCACAAGAGCCUAACCAAGACCGGCUUCCAUUUCAAAAACCGGGAGCUAGCCUCUACUGCGGUAUGGAAGAGAUGUAAGAAUUAGGGAUCAAGGAAGCAUCCAGCGGCGCAACGCUGCAUUUCAGAGCCCUGAGGUGCGCACCGAUAUCCGUGCCGGUUUAGCGGUUCUACGAUCCAAAGAGUCCAGGGAGAUCCACCGUGUGGUGCCUGGCGUGUAGGACGAUGCAGCCGCCCUGUGGCUUGGAGCAGCGGCCCACGAUGUCCCCGCCACUGUGAACCCUUUGGCCUGCGCCAACCUGCUCAGCCCAGCAGGCUCAGCCUCUGGUAGGCUCCACUCCACGGGAGGCCACCGGCACCGAGCAGCAAGAGGGCGCAGGACAGCCCCCCCUCCGGCGGGGGACGCCAGGCUCAGCGUAGGGACAAGCACUCCGACUGACUGGCACUGGCGGCGAGGGAUGUCGCCCUGGCCGAGGUGGCAUGGACCCGCCAUGGCGCGGCUCUGGGGCUUAUGUUGGCUGGUUGUGGGCUUCUGGAGGGCCUCUCUCGCCUGCCCCAUUUCCUGCAAAUGCAGUGCCUCUAGGAUUUGGUGUACGGAGCCUUCUCCUGGCAUCGUGGCAUUUCCAAGGUUGGAACCUAACAGUGUCGACCCGGAGAACAUCACUGAAAUUUUCAUCGCAAAUCAGAAAAGGUUAGAGAUCAUCAACGAAGAUGAUGUGGAAGCUUAUGUGGGGCUGAAAAACCUGACUAUUGUGGAUUCUGGAUUAAAAUUCGUGGCUUACAAAGCCUUUCUGAAAAACAGCAACCUGCAGCACGUGAAUCUCACACGAAACAAGCUGACGAGUUUGUCGAGGAAGCAUUUCCGCCACCUUGACUUGUCUGAGCUGGUCCUGGUGGGCAAUCCAUUCACGUGUUCCUGCGACAUUAUGUGGAUCAAGACUCUCCAAGAGACUAAAGGCAGCCCAGACACUCAGGACUUGUACUGCCUCAAUGAAAGCAGCAAGAACACCCCCCUGGCAAACCUGCAGAUACCCAAUUGUGGUCUACCGUCUGCACGUCUGGCUGCCCCUAACCUCACCGUGGAGGAAGGGAACUCUGUCACCCUUUCCUGCAGUGUGGCAGGUGACCCGCUCCCCACGCUGUACUGGGACGUUGGGAAUUUGAUUUCCAAACACAUGAAUGAGACGAGCCACACGCAGGGCUCCUUAAGGAUCACGAACAUUUCCUCUGAUGACAGUGGGAAGCAAAUCUCUUGUGUGGCAGAAAACCUUGUGGGAGAAGACCAAGAUUCCGUGAACCUCACUGUGCAUUUUGCACCAACCAUCACAUUCCUCGAGUCUCCAACCUCAGACCAUCACUGGUGCAUCCCGUUCACUGUGAGAGGCAACCCCAAGCCCACGCUCCAGUGGUUCUAUAACGGGGCCAUACUGAACGAAUCCAAAUACAUCUGCACUAAAAUCCACGUGACCAACCACACGGAGUACCACGGCUGCCUCCAGCUCGACAACCCCACUCACAUGAACAACGGAGACUACACUCUGAUGGCCAAGAACGAGUACGGGAAGGACGAGAGACAGAUUUCUGCCCAUUUCAUGGGCCGACCUGGAAUUGAUUACGAGACAAACCCAAACUACCCUGAAGACCUCUACGAAGACUGGACUGCAGCAACUGACAUCGGGGAUACCACAAACAAAAGCAAUGAGAUUCCUUCCACGGAUGUUGCCGACCAAAACAAUCGGGAGCAUCUCUCGGUCUAUGCCGUGGUGGUGAUUGCGUCCGUGGUGGGAUUCUGUCUGCUGGUGAUGCUGCUUCUGCUCAAGUUGGCCAGGCAUUCCAAGUUUGGCAUGAAAGGUCCAGCUUCUGUCAUCAGCAAUGACGACGACUCGGCCAGUCCGCUCCACCACAUCUCCAAUGGGAGUAAUACUCCAUCUUCUUCAGAGGGCGGUCCUGAUGCUGUCAUUAUUGGAAUGACCAAGAUUCCUGUCAUUGAAAACCCUCAGUACUUUGGCAUCACCAACAGCCAGCUCAAGCCAGACACAUUUGUUCAGCACAUCAAGAGACAUAACAUCGUUCUAAAGAGGGAGCUCGGGGAAGGAGCCUUUGGAAAGGUUUUCCUGGCAGAAUGCUAUAACCUCUGUCCUGAGCAGGAUAAGAUCCUGGUAGCCGUAAAGACGCUGAAGGAUGCCAGUGACAAUGCCCGCAAGGACUUUCACCGUGAAGCGGAGCUGCUGACCAAUCUCCAGCAUGAGCAUAUUGUCAAGUUCUAUGGCGUCUGUGUGGAGGGCGACCCACUCAUCAUGGUCUUUGAGUAUAUGAAGCAUGGAGACCUCAACAAGUUCCUUAGGGCACACGGGCCGGACGCGGUGCUGAUGGCAGAGGGCAACCCGCCCACUGAGCUGACGCAGUCUCAGAUGCUUCACAUCGCUCAGCAAAUUGCAGCCGGCAUGGUCUACCUGGCGUCCCAACACUUUGUGCACCGUGACCUGGCCACCCGGAACUGCCUGGUGGGGGAGAACCUGCUGGUGAAAAUUGGGGACUUCGGCAUGUCCCGGGACGUGUACAGCACCGACUACUAUAGGGUCGGUGGCCACACGAUGCUACCUAUCCGCUGGAUGCCUCCAGAGAGCAUCAUGUACAGAAAAUUUACCACCGAGAGCGACGUCUGGAGCCUGGGAGUCGUGUUGUGGGAGAUCUUCACCUACGGCAAGCAGCCCUGGUAUCAGCUAUCAAACAACGAGGUCAUAGAAUGCAUCACCCAGGGCCGAGUCCUGCAGCGGCCUCGCACGUGCCCGCAGGAGGUGUAUGAGCUGAUGCUGGGAUGCUGGCAGCGGGAGCCACACAUGAGGAAGAGCAUCAAGGGCAUCCACACGCUCCUCCAGAACUUGGCCAAGGCAUCUCCUGUCUACCUGGAUAUCCUAGGCUAGGCCCUUCUCCCCAGAUCCGCCCUUCCCGACGCACUCCUCAGACUGGCCGACACAACGAACCUCUUACCUGCCGCUGGGUGUCAUGACCUUGCUGUCCUUCGUUGUUCUGACAGUAUUAACAAGACAGGGAGCGGCUUUUGGAGGGAAGCAGCGUGCACUUCUCCAUCCACAGACAGUGUUAACUCGCUUUCAGCAUUGUCUCUUCCUCUCUCCCCCAUCUCCUUUGAUUUCUUUCUUUCUUUCUUUCUUUCUUUCUUUCUUUCUUUCUUUCUUUCACCCUUUCACCUUUUACUUUGGGUCUUCCCUGCUUCGUGAUCCUCAGCCUCUCUCCUUGACCAAUCUGGCUUCUGUAUUCCUAUUGACUGUACAUAGACAAAGGCCUUAAACAAAACCCUAAUUUGUUAUAUCAGCUGACACUCCAGUUUGCCCACCACAACUGGCAAUGCCUUGUUGUUCUCCUGCCUUCGAUGUGGAUGAUAAAAGGGAAACCAAACAUCUGACUUAAAGCGCCACUUCCCAUGUACAGACACGGGCAUUUCUAUGGACUCACUCCUAUUUAUUUAUUUAUUUAUUUAUUUAUUUAUUUAUUUAUUUAUUAUCUUCUUGUUUUCUGAUGGCUUUAGCCUGUGUGUGUAUAGGGAAAGUUGUAUACAAUCUAGGAAGAUGUUAUCUGUGGGAGAUGAGAUCCAGAGAGAGAGAGAGAGAGAGAAGCGUGGCUAUAUAACUACAGCAUGACCAGAACCGAGACAAACAAUGGGAUCAUCUGGGGUCAGCCCCUGCUGAGGAAAACCCAGCAGCCAGUGAGCUGGGAGGAGCAUGUUCGGCACCGUCCCCUGAGGACCUUCCUGAGGAGGAACGAGGGUGUUGAACUCUGCAUCGUGGACAGAGUUUCCAGUCACGGAUACUGGCCUGCAAUGGAAAGUAAAGAUGGCCUCCGUGGGACCCAGACACCAUAUCGUGCAUUCAGACAGCGCAUUGUGGUCGGGCAUGGUGACAGAGUUGAUGUGUUCCUCAAGGGUUACCUACCAAACUUUUGUUGAGUACAGUUGGAAAGAGGGAGAUUCUUGCUCAGAUAUUAUUUCUGGGUCAGACAGGAAAAUCUGAGUCCUGAAAAUGACAGGAAGCACUCUCAAUUCCGAGGCCGUUUCUCUUACCUUGAACUUUUCAGACAAUUCCCUCCAGCCCCAACCCUCCACUCUCACCUGUCUUUUAACUGUGCAAAAAAAAAAAAUGUGCAUAGUCUUUGUCAAUCGACACCUGUGUACAGAAAGUACCGCUCUGGUCGUGGUGUCCCAUGGGUAGGGCAGAGCCAUAAAAGGUCUGACGUAUGCAGCUUAGGGGUGGGACCAGAGCAGCAGCUGAAACAUGCUGUGGUUGGAGGUGAUGGGCUUGCCCAGUAGGACUGCUGAUGCGUGGGUGUCUUCAUCCGCCUCAAACCCACAGCAGUGUGGAACGGGGCAGGCAGAAUUCAUCCCUGAGGAGAAGCACCGAGUUCACAUUUAGAGUGUCCGGGUCAAAUCUCUUGCUCUGGGCUCUGUUUGGGAGAGUGGUUCACUCCUACGUACUCAUUGUCAGUGUGCUGUUUUGUUAUCUAUACUCCAUUAAAAAGUUAAAACAAAAAAGAAAGAAGAAUAAGAAGGAGAAGAAGAAAGAAAGGAAAAAUCCUGAAAAAUCAGCGCAGUAUGGCUAAUGGGAGGCUGUGCCCAGACUGAGAAGGGAAAUACCCUUCUGUGUAUGAUCAUGGGUUUUACUAAAAGAAAGUGUAAAUUUAAAUAGAAAUUUACAGUUAUUAGGACAGUCAGUUAGACCGAGGAAGAACAGCAUUUCCGUUUCUCUGUCCCCCUCUGUGAGGGGAAGUUUGAUAAACCUGACAUCUUUUUUACACGAGCCAGAUUGGAAGCGGGUGAUUGAAUUCUUUGGGGUUUAUUUCUGAAGGACCCAGAGCUCUGGGUAGGUUCCCUUUGUGCCCACUAAUUUCUGGAGCACUGUGUUUUCUAGUAUAGACUUUGAAAGCAGGUUCUCAAAGUAAAUAAAUAAAAAUAAUAAAAUAAAAUAAAAACCUCAGUGUAAAUGAACAGAGAACAGGAGGAGAUCCAGUGGGACCUGCUCAAUGGAGGGGUCGCAUAAAGCAAAUGCUGUCUAGGGUCCUUUCUGUGGCACUGGCCCAUGAGAGAUGGGAGUCGUUUGUCCUCUUUGUCCAUGAGAAACCCCUCCAGAAUACCUAUCCUAAUAUAUCGAAAGCCAUAUCUCUGUGAUAUAUACAGACAGGUAUAUAUCCUAAAAAGGACCCGCGGUACUGUCACAACACUGUGGAACUGGGGCGCGGCAAAGCUAGGGCAGAUGGGUGUAUCCACACUGUUCUAGACUCCAUCAGCGAUGACCGGAGAACUUGCGCAGGUCUGUCGCUGCAAGUCAGACCAGUUGGGCCGGGAGAAAAAGUUGCAAGUUGCUCAGCAGAGAGCCGAGGAGAUGGCCCCGGGAAGAGGCCAAUGUUAGGGAGGCCUUGCAGGUUUACAUCAAAGGUCUGCAGUGAGAAGAGGGAAGCAUUCCAUUCCAGUUCAGUGUUUUCCUUGGAAGGAAAAAAAGCAAAAGAGAGAAAGACAGAGAGAGAGAGAGAGAGAUUCCUUAUACUGCUUUGACAAGUCCCUGAAGGUCUUAAAAUGAAAGUGUCUAUGCAAGCGCAAAAUUUUAUAGUUAUUUAUACUGAUUAUUAUUAAUAAUAAUUAUUAUUAUUAGUCCCUCUGUUGUCUCAAGAACAUGUGCCGAUGUCAGAGCAUUGCAGAACAUCUGCUGGCUUUUUAAGUAGUUGGAUGAGCCGAGGACAUAACAUCUUAAAAUAGUCAUCAUUAUUCAUCUACUACCCCUUUCUUGUGGCAUUUUAAUUUUUAGAAAAGAAACAUUCUUGCUCUAAAACGUAUCCCUCUCCAAACAGGACAAGCACGGUGGUAGCGAACCAAAUUCUCCAUCCAGAAACCCGUCUGGCAUCCAUUCCUUUUUCAAACCCUUGAUGGUUUCUGAGCACUUUUUGCAUGUGUUGGCAAAUUGUUCAUAUUUUUCACGAGGUAACUGAGAUUCAGAAGCUCAGAGACCACGAGCUUCACCCAAGUCUGCCCCUAGACAUGCUAAUACACACACACACACACACACACACACACACACACACACACACAAGGCAUUCAGGAAAGGAGGUGUGCUAGCGUGUCUGUGAAGCAGGAGGGAGGUUAGCACAGAAGGGAAUACACACAGUCCAAGCAGAGGGGAUUUUCUAUCAUGUGCUUCUGCUCCUGGCAUCUUCUGACUCCCAUACACUAAAACAGUGUUACCAUCAGCCUCAUCGAGAAAAUGCUUCGAACAGUGCUCUCAAGGGUUCUACCCGAACUCAUGCACACACGCUCACAUCAGCUCCGUUUGUAGUGUUCUGUGUACUUAUAUAUAUAUAUAAAAUAUAUGUUAUAAACACUUGAUUUAUACAUAUACAAACACACAUCCGUAGUGUGUUUGUGUGUUUAUGUAUAAACAUAUAGGCACAUGGUAAUAGAAUAAUUGUAAGUAGGGUGCAAUAUGAAUAAUUUGCUUAAAAUUUGCUAAAUAACCAAAACUAUCCAAUGUCAUGUGGCAGUUCAUGUCUCCAUUCUCCACGUGGGUAAGGACUACACCAACGUUCAACUCUGGGCAGUCCUUGGAUGGAAGAUUUGUCCAAGUCACACAUUCCCUGAAACAACGGACUGAAAGCCAUCCUCUAGGUUCAGUGUGUUCUCCGGCUCUUUGCGAAGGGAAAAUGCAGACAAAUGGUCUCCUUAGGUACCAAUCCGGGGAAGGAGACCUGAGUUUUCUCCUUCUGCACAUCUGUGCUGACCCCUUUCCCACCCUGCCCCCGUUCUAGAUGCAGACUGUUGGGAGACCAGUGUCUUGAAGGUCGAUGAUAAAACACCCAAGAACCUACAGCAAGACGGACAGCUUGUAGUCACCCCUUACCCACAUGGGGAGAAGGAGCCAUGGUGUGGACAGCGGGAUCCCUGGUCAAGGGCUGUCUUGAGCCUCUCCUUUUGCAAAUGGGACUGCCAGCGAUACCUGGCAUUAAGUCAUGUCUGAUUUCUAAAACUGGCAGCACAGACACAUGCACCCUCAUUGCUCCGCUCCCAUGCUCCUUCUUCCCUCUGAGAGGACUUCUACUUCCAAACUUGACCUUUGGUUUGGCCCUGUUAAAGGAAACCUCAUGAGAAGAAUGGCUAACGAAUGUCCCAAAUCCCCAGAUUUCCAAUUUUGCAGUUUAAGCCAAUUCUUCACAACGUGUAACGGGAACGUAGAGACUCAGGUUGUGAUAGCUCGGAUGUAAAUUUCAAGUGCUAUUGUAAGGAACUGGGUGGGAGAGGCUCACAGGUAAAACAAUAGUAGAGCAGGAAGGCAUAGUUUCUUGCUGUCAGGGCUGGGCUCCAUCUCUGCUGCUACAGUCAAAGGUUGACUAUUCUUCGCUGUGGCCACUUUCCCUCCUUUAGACCCUUUGACUUCAUUUAUUUACGUUCUUAUUUAUUUAUAAGCUUUUGAUCCAUCCAUCAUAAACAUGAAGCAAAAAAAAAUGACAUACAUGUAAAUGUGUUGCAAGCGAAACACUGUGAAUCUCACAACCACCUCCAAGCAACUAUGCUGCCAUCCUGACGUGCGUCUCAGGAGACGAGAUGGGAAAAGACGGUGACGUCAUUUUUGCAGCCUAUGUGUUCUGGGCCAGGUCCACGUUUUUUAUUUUCCUUUUUCGGUCUGUGAGUUAAGAAAAACGAUCCUGAGUGGAGGCUGACUGAACGUCCAACGAGCUAGCCAAAGUAUCGUGAGCUGCUUGUGGCUGUAUGCUUGAGCAGGAAGGAAAACCAUGGGCAAUGAAGAAAUGAAACUUGAUGCGGAGGUCGCUAUCUUACAGCUCGUAUCGCUUACUGUUGCUUAAAAUGUAUACAACAGCUGGAAAUAUUUUCAAUACAAGGUAUUUGAAUUAAAUGUGAAUUUUAAAUAUGUACUCUCUUAAGGAAUGAACAUAUUAUGGCGAAAUAUCUCUCCCCGCAUUCCUGACCAACCUGCCUAAAGAUGUGGAUACCUACAUUGGCUUCGGCCCCGGACAGAUGUUUGUAUAUACCCAGGCCACACACACUCAUCUCAACCUCUCUCUGCAGAUGUGCUACCCCUCCAACAGAGACCUGGUGUUUAGAACUCUAUCUUUCAGUUAGUUUAUUUCCCUUUUAAUGUGACCGUCUCUGUGCCGACUUUUACCGGCUCUCACUUGUUUUUGCAAUCUGUUUUGAGGUCCAGUGCUUUUCUGAGACUCACUGCAUCUUGGCUGAUUUCAAAGUGACACCUGAAUACAGUGUUUAAAAAAAAAUGUUUGUAAAUCAUGUGACCAGCUUCUCUCAACCUGACAUGGAAUGUCUCUUGUACUACAGUGUAUUUAAUAAAAAAAAAAAAUGACGUCUUACAAUAAACAACACCCUCCACGGGAGGCUACAUGUG